AUGACUUGCGGCAUCUCCUGUGUCGAUAGGACACUCAACAAAUCAUUCUACCAUUUAGGUAUAUGCAUAGCCAAGCAUCCGGGCUAUUUUGUGAUCAUACCUGUUUUGUUGACGCUCCUCUGUAUGACGGGGUACCAGCAGUUAAAAUAUCAAAUCGAUCCCGAAUAUCUUUUUUCGCCCAUCAAUGGAGAGGGUAAGGCUGAACGUGCUGUUGUUGAGCAAUAUUUCAAAGUGAAUUACACACAUCGUUUCAAUGUGGGACGUAUAACGAGACCUGGUCGUUUUGGACGUGUCAUUGUCAUACCCAAAGAUGGCGACGAGAAUAUGCUGCGUCGGGAGGUGUUCGAGGAGCUGCGAACUUUGGACAACCUCAUCCAGAAUGCCACGGUCUACUACGAUGGCGAUACCUACACCUAUAAGGAAAUCUGUGCGCGCUGGCAGAACGAGUGCUUUGAGAAUGACAUCUUGAACUUGGACGCAAUCAUGGACGAUAUUGAGUCUGGACAGCUGAAUUUGACGUUUCCGCUCAUGUUUAAUCCGGUUACUUGGGACGCACAUGCCUUCCCCGUGUUCUUUGGCGGCACAAAACUUACCGAGGAUAAUUAUAUAAUCAGUGUGCCGGCCAUACAGCUGGUCUACUUUGUAACGGCGGAUAACAAGCGCCAGGAUGCGAAGGGCGCUGAAUGGGAGGAAACAUUCUUGAGAGAGGUGGGGAAAGCUGAGAACUCUGGCAUGUUCAAGCAUAUAUCGGUAUCCUAUUUCGCCUCCCGCACGCUCGACCACGAGCUGGAGAAAAAUACAAAAACCGUGGUGCCCUAUUUUAGUUCCACGUUCCUGCUCAUGGGCCUGUUUAGCGUGCUCACCUGUAUGAUGGGCGACGCCGUACGCUCCAAGCCCUGGCUGGGCCUUAUGGGCAAUAUCUCAGCUAUUAUGGCCACCCUGGCGGCCUUUGGUUUGGCCAUGUAUUGCGGCAUAGAGUUCAUUGGAAUUAAUUUGGCCGCACCAUUCCUGAUGAUUGGAAUUGGAAUUGACGACACCUUUGUGAUGUUGGCCGGCUGGCGUCGGACACCUGCCAAGAUGCCCGUGCACGAGCGUAUGGCACACAUGAUGAGCGAGGCAGCAGUUUCCAUAACCAUAACUUCUGUGACAGAUUUCAUAUCCUUCCUGAUCGGCAUCAUCAGUCCCUUCCGCUCAGUCAAGAUCUUCUGCACCUACUCGGUCUUUGCCGUCUGCUUCACCUUCGUCUGGCACAUCACUUUCUUCGCCGCCUGCAUGGCCAUUUCGGGAUAUAGGGAGCGCAAGAACCUGCACGCCAUUUUCGGCUGCAAAGUGCAGGCCAUGUCGGUGGCCAUCAAAGAGAAACGGAAUUUCCUCUACAAGGCAAUCAUGGCUGGCGGCAUUAAUCACGACGACCCGGAUAAUCCCGUGGAUAACAAGGACCACAUGUUGAUGGCAUUCUUCAAGGACAGACUGGCAGCGGUGAUCAACAACAAAUGGUGCAAGAUAAUCAUAAUAUUGGCCUUUGCCAGCUAUUUGGUUGGCGCCUGCUAUGGUAUCACUCAAAUUAAGGAGGGCCUGGAGCGACGCAAGUUGUCCAGAGAGGACUCUUACUCCGUGGAGUUCUUUGAUCGUGAGGAUGAUUACUAUCGCGAGUUUCCCUACAGAAUGCAGGUGAUCAUUGAGGGCGCAUUGAACUAUUCCGACGUCGAGGUGCAACAGCAAAUUGAGAACUUGACUAGAACUUUGGAGCACACCUCCUAUGUAACUUCGUCGCUCUACACUGAAUCCUGGCUGCGAUCAUUUCUCUCAUUUAUGGAUCGAGCCAACGACUAUCUGAACGUCACCAUUGAUGACGAGCAGUCAUUUAUUGAGGCCGUCAAGGAGCAUUGGCUGUUUCCAGGCAAUCCCUUCUCACUGGACGUACGCUUCAAUGAGGAUGAGACGCAAAUUAUAGCCUCACGUUUUCUGAUACAGGCUGUAAACAUAACAGACACGAAUCACGAGAAGGAAAUGGUGCGCGAUCUGCGAAAGAUUUGCAAGGACUCCCCGCUGAAUGCCUCUAUUUUCCACCCCUACUUUGUGUUCUUCGAUCAGUUCGAGCUAGUGCGACCGGUUUCGUUGCAGGCCAUGGUUAUUGGAGCCAUCAUCAUGAUGAUAAUAUCGUUCAUUUUUAUACCCAAUAUAUUGUGCUCCUUAUGGGUAGCCUUCUCGGUCAUAUCCAUUGAACUGGGCGUAGCCGGCUAUAUGGCGCUAUGGGAUGUGAAUCUGGAUUCCAUUUCCAUGAUCAAUCUGAUCAUGUGCAUCGGCUUUUCCGUCGACUUUACCGCACACAUUUGCUACACAUACAUGACCUCCAAGAAGCGCAGUCCCAAGGCGCGAGUACGCGAGGCUCUUCAUUCGCUCGGUUUGCCAAUUGUUCAGGGCUCUACCUCCACAAUAUUGGGCAUCAUUGCGUUGCUUUUGGCGCAGAGUUACAUUUUCUUGGUAUUCUUCAAGAUGGUAUUCCUGGUUAUAUUCUUUGGCGCCAUGCAUGGACUCUUUCUUCUGCCUGUGCUGCUAUCGCUAUUUGGACCGGGAUCAUGGCUCACAUGGACGGGUCUCGACGAUGGAUGUGACGAUGAUAUCGAAAACAGUGAGAGUGACAUGAAGGCUGAGAAACCUUUCGCAAACUCCUACUACAUGCAGUAUCCCACAAUGGGCAUCAAUGGACCUUAUGGUUCCAAAGGCUUCUUAGGCGCUCCAUACAAGGCAUAUGGCGUGGAUGAGAAGGACCAGGGUCUAGGCACUUCUGGUGAGGAUUCCUCCGAGAGCAGUUCGAGUCGCUCGCAACGACGUCAACAAUUGGCCGCAGCAGCAGCCGCAGAGGAGAGCUGGCGACGCUCAUCCUAUCAGAAUAUUUUUCGGAAUGGCGCACAGUUCCAAGCACAACCAGAUCUCUAUGGCCAGCAGGUAACGGCCGCCGAGUGGCGGCAGCGCCUGGAAGUUCAUGAACAGAAGCAGCGCAGUAAGCAACAGCGUCGGCCGUACGAAAACUACGACAUGCAGAGGGAUCGCCGAAACUCGCACGGUGAUGUAAUUGACAUGGAACUGCAGGAUCCACCAACGCCCAACUCAUCCAUCGAUGAACGUCUCCGGCGAAAAUAUGAUCAGACCUUUGCGGGCAGUGGCGAUGAUAGCAGCUGUAGACAGCAGAUCGCCACGCAGCCGCCGCUGGCCAGUUCAUCGGCCAAGCGGUACCAUCGCCGUCGCUCCUCAGAGGACUCGACACGCUAUCACCAGCGCUGGCCAGCGAAUAUUGAGGAGCGUCGCGCACGACGCGGCAAUUCGCCCGGCCAGCGCCACUCAGAGACUGCAGCCGCCAACUAUGCCUACCGCACCUCGCCGCACGCCCGCGUGCGCUCAUCCUCUCAUCAUAAUCUGUACCAGCAGGGCAAGACGCAACAGCCGCCUACCUAUCAGUACGGCGAUUACUAUCACUGAACGAAUCGGUGCACAUGGUGUGGAUGGACUGUGACGAAGGGAUCAAUUAUUAGUUGAAGCGCAUGUUAUCUCUUGUCAAAUAAAAGAUUUUAAGUUUAGUUUAACACAAUUCACCUAGGCAGUCCAAAAUGCAGUUUCUCGUAUCAAUACGUCCCCGCAAAACGGUCCCUUUCACUGCAUAAAAGCAACGUGGACGUGGACGUGGACGGACGUCAUCUUUCAGUAGUUUCUGAAAGGGCUCCAAUCACCUUUUCACCAACUGCCUUUCCAUUCAAUAUUUAAACUAACUAGAUCUGUGCGCUUUAGUCCUACAACGUGCAUCAUAACCACCCUUUGAUGGUGCCUAAAAUGUAGAACCUCUGAAGUCUUGGAUAUUUUCGAUUGUAACCAAUUUGCAGAAGCGAACUAGUAGUCGCCCUCUAAAGUGGUGUUCAACUCUUCUUUACUGUUCAAAUGUUUUUCUCUUCCUCAAUACUCAAGGCAACAUUCAUUGUAAACCGAUUUUCUAUUCAGACAUUUUCUAUUCUACAUAUUUAUCACUUUAGAUAUUAGUAUGUGCGAAAGUUAGGCUUAGAUUUGUAGGCAUUUCAUUACACUAAUAAAUCAAGUCACACAACUUAAGGUUCCAUAAUACGUAUCAGCAGACAUACUAUGUUUUGAGUCAGUCUUAGGGUUUCCAUAACAUUUAAAACAAUUUAAUUUUAUAGAGAUUUUUAUUUAAAUUAGUUAGAGUAAGGCAAACCAUUCAGUACAGUGCGUGAAUUGAACAAAUCAACCAUUUAGCUAUAAAACUAAGUAAACGCAUUAUGUGAUUCUACACAAGCGUAUGUUUUGACACUUUUUCAAUAUAACGUCCAAUAGAUGCGUUGAAAAGGCCGGCGACAUGUUUUCAAUGAGGAUUGAAUUGAGCUAAAUUUGAAAAGCAUUAUUAAAUGUAUGUUCGCCUAUUUAUCAAAUCGAAUUUCUUGAGAAAGGAGAUUACUUAUCUAUCGAAUAAGAGCGUCAUGAAUAAACCAAUAGCCACUUAAGAAUAGUUACAUACUUACAUAUGUAUUUUCGCCUUUUAAGCGUGGGACAAGUUUGUAAAGCGUUAA